CGGAUGCCCUUUCACGCUGCGACAGCAAACAUGGCCGCACUCUUGAGAUCAGCCCGGCUACUCAAAAUCUCGCCUUCGGGCUUGCGUCACAUCACGGGAACGAAGAGGAAUGGAGCACCGCUCAGUCGACUGUACAGCGGAGCUCCCGGUUUCUCCAGGACUGGAGCUUGUCAUAGACUCAUCUGCCCAGCGAACGCGUCCAUCAGUCGUGUAUGGCCAUAUACAGUCGGGUGUGUGCGUGGAUAUUCUGUGGCAACAGACAAGAAAGAUGAGGUCAGCAGUGCUGUGCAGUCCCAGCAGGCUCAACAGUUUGAAUGGGCUCUGGCCAAACUGGACAGCUCUGUGAGGAGGACGGGCCGCAUCACCAAGACACUACUGCUCCGCUUCUUCCAUGAUAUCUGCCGGACAGGUUAUCCCACUGGUAACCAGGCUUUGUUGUUGCUGCGUAGUUGUGGGUCCCUGCUGCCUGAGGUGCCUAUGGAGGAACGCACUAUGCUGGCCCACCGUGUGUGGGAAAAGCUGCAGAAGAUGGGUGCAGUAUUUGAUGUUAGUCACUACAACGCCCUGCUAAAGGUUUACCUGCAGAAUGAGUUCAAGUUCUCCCCCACUGAUUUCCUGGCCAAGAUGGAAGCAGCUAACGUCCAGCCCAACAGAGUUACUUACCAGAGACUCAUAGCAGCCUAUUGCCAGGAUGGGGAUAUCGAGGGAGCGAGCACCAUACUGGGUUUCAUGAAGAGCAAAGAUUUGCCCAUCACUGAGGCUGUUUUCAACUCCCUGGUCACUGGCCACGCUCGUGCAGGUGACAUCGACAGUGCAAAGAGUGUCCUGUCUGUGAUGCAGGGAGCAGGAAUUGAACCAGGUCCUGACACAUAUGUGUCACUGCUUUCUGCCUAUGCUGAAAAGGGAGACCUGGACAGUAUGAAAAAGACCAUGGAGGAAGCAGAGAGAGCAGACUGCAGUUUAAUGGACCGGGACAUCAUGCAGGUCAUCUCUGCGUUGGCCAGGGCUGGACACCAUCAGCACAUCCCAGAGAUGGUUGAGCGCUUGAGGCAAGAGAGGGGUUACAUUCCAGAUGCCAUGAACCUUUGUCUGAGCCUCAUCACUCAGGGUCAGGAAGACGCAGCUUUUCUCAUCCUCAAGACCUUCUCCAUGGGGGAGUCUGAUAGUUCUCAGAAUGACUCUCCCACCUUGGGCAACUUCUUCCUCAGACACUGUGUCAACAUGGACACGCCAGUGGAGAAGAUCUCGAGCUACUGUAAAGAACUCCAAGAGUCUCAACGACACAAUACCCCACUCAUCUUCUCUCUGCGAUGUGCUCUGGAGGCCAAUAAGACUGGUUUGUCUUUUGAGCUGAUGAAGUUAUUGAAGGAGCAGAAUGUACCCAUUAGGCCACACUUCUUCUUACCCCUCCUCAAAGAAAUUGUGAAGGACAGGAACACAGCUGGCAUGAUGGAGGUGCUGAAGGGCAUGCAUGAGCUUGGUGUGUCUCCCGAUGCUGAGUCUUUAUCCCAGUACAUUCUUCCCUUCUACCCCAACUUGGAGGCAUCUCGACAGGCCCUCAUGGAUGCAGGCAUCUCUCUGGACUCUGUGAAUUUAUUGACUUUUGAGGUUCGCUCCUUGGCGGUGGGCAACUUGGCCAAACUCUACACCCUUUUGUCUGAUCCGUCCGUUUCCUCUUUGGAUCAUAAUAGUUUCCGCAGCAGCCUCAUCCAGGGCUUCAGAAAGUGUGAUGAUGUGGAGAACAUGGUGAAGCUGACAGAGCUUUUAUACAAAGACGAACGCUUCACCAAUGAAAACUCCAACCCUGCUGAAGGGGCAGCCUUCUUUUUGUAUCAUCUCUUCGACGCCAUGACCCAGCAGGAGGUACAGGCAUGUGAAGAUGUACUGCGGAAAUACCUAAAUCAGCUUCACACUCGGAAUAUAAUCAUUCCAUUCAAUAUCUUCAAAGGUAUCCGAAACCUUUUGGAGUCUUACCAUGUCCCGGAGCUCAUCAAGGAUGUGAUCACUCUGGUGGACCCCAAAGAGAGACUGUACACUGGCUCUUUGUCAGCCUAUCCAAAUGGGAAUGGAAUUGAGAAAAAAAUGGCUGAUCUGAAAGCAGAGAACAAACCAUUCAGUAUAACCCUCAAACAGACCAUCCAUGCUCUCUGCGCUGAGGAGAACUUGCAGCGUGCCCUUGAGCUGAAACAGCAGCAUGAGGAUCAGAUGACAGUCAGCAGCUAUGCCAUCCUUAUCAACCAGUGCUGUCGCCAUGACAAUAUGGAGGAGGCGCUCCACCUAAAGCGGGAACUGAGUCGAAUGGACCCAUCAGCUGUGCUGGAUGCCAGUAAAUACAUUGCACUGAUCAAGGCACUCGCCAAAAAUGGCAGAGUGGAGGAGGCAGUGGACAUCCUGAAGGAGAUGAAGGAGAAGGAUGUGGUACUAGAUGAUUCACACGUAUCCCUGCUGUUCUUCGCACUCAACAGUUUAGUGCCCAAUGGUGGUGCCCCCAUCAUCCAGCGGCUGCAAGACGCCAUCUUUACCCUGGGUCUGGCCCCACCCUCUGCCAAUCUCUGUUCGCCACUAAUUUCAGCCUACAUGGAGAGUCAGGACCUGCCCGGAGCCCUAGAGGCAGUGUUGGAGUGUCAGAGGCGUUACAAACAACUUCCUCGCAUUCACGACGUCAUGGUUGGUAUGGUGGAGAAAGGAGAAACGGAACUUCUGCAGAAAGCAAUGGACUCCGUGAGUCAGGAGCGAGGGGAGAUGAAUAUGCUCUAUGAUUUGUUCUUUGCGUUCCUGCAGACAGGUCGCUUCCGGGAGGCUCGUAAGAUCAUUGAGACCCCGGGGCUCAGGGCAAGGCCUGGACGUCUCCAGUGGUAUGCAGAGAAAUGCAUAUUUUCCAACAGGAUGGAGGCCUUGGAGCAGAUGGUUGACUUGACAGCCAAGCUGUUUGAGUGUGACAGAGAUGAGAUGUACAGUUACAUCCUCCGUCUCUGCAAGGAGACAAACAACUGGGAGAAGGCGGAGGCAGUGUGGAUGAAAAUGCAGGAGGAGAACGUCAUUCCAAGGGAGAGGACUCUGCUUAUUCUGGCAGACAUCCUGAAGAAUAAUGGCCGCAAGGUGCCCUUUGAAAUGCCUACGACUUGGUACGAACAACCUGCCACCAUACAGCAGGCCACGGAAGCCACGACCCCCGCCACAACCGAAAAUGAAUAUCGGACGCGUCUGUGGGCCCUCUGUAAGAAAGGCAAUGUCAGAGAAGCUUAUGCAGUGCUUCAGAAAGCUAAUGAAGCAGGUGUAACAGUAGGCCCCAGCCAUUAUGACCUCCUGAUCCGUGCUUUUUUGUCUGUCGGAAACAUAACGGAUGCCAUGAAGGUCAAAGACAUUGCUGUGUCUCAUGUGCCAGACUUCCAGCUGAAUACUAUUGCCAACAGUUUGUUUAUCAUCACAUACUGCAAGAAAGGCCAGGCCAAAGAUGCUCUUGAGAAACUGAAGUCUGUGGUGCAGAUGGGUCAAGUGCCCACACAGCUUGCCAUCGUCAGACUGACUCAGGCACUAGGUAGCCAUGGUGACCUGGAGGGUAUCAACGAAGUGGAGUCAGCACUGAAGGACCUCGGCUCAAACCUCAACCUUUCAAGAAUGCUUUUUGUCAACAACAAGGCUUUGGCACACAUCAAGAACAAUGACUUGGACUUGGCUACAGAUUUGCUGGAGUCUGUCUUCACCAAUCCAGAUUCCGUGAGACAGAGUAUGUCCUACGUCUUCAGGAAGUUGAUGCAAGAUGGCAAUGACACAGCCUUAGACAAGUUGAGUGCUAUGGCAGAGCGGCUAGCCAAUCACUUUGCCUGCUACGGACCAGCUACAGACCUUUUCCUCCAGCUGCUGGAAAAUGACAAAGUUGAGGACGCUAAGUUCAUGCUGGCUCGUUUCAACGCCUUGGCUGAACAGAAGGACGCGCUGAUGUCUUACCUGACUCGAAAAGCUCAGAAUCCUGGACAGGUGGGGAAAAUUAAGACCCUGCUUAGCCUGAUUCCAGACUUCACAACGAAGGAUGUGUCGUACCCAUACCUAAUGAAAUGUCAUGUUUUAGAUAAGGACUUGGCAUCAGCCAAGGCUCUGUAUGAGCAGAUGCAGGCGGAGGGUAUCGUCGUAGACGAGCUGUCCCUCAAGCGACUGGCGAGACUUUACCACAACGCAGGAGAGGAGGCGCCCUUCACUGAGCCCCCUGAGUCCUUCAAGUUUUACGCAGACAAGCUUAAAGACAGAGCUGCCAAAGCCCAGACGGCAGCAGAGGAAUAAAGAGAGCCACCCUUCGUCCCUUCGUACAUCAGUCCAACUGUUUGUUUGUUCAUUUUUUUUGUCACUGUCUUUUUCUUUUCUUUUUUUUAUAUAAAGGUAGUUUGAGCUGAACUUUUGAGAUUAUGUGCUGUAACUGUGGGGUGUUCAACUCUGUCUGCUGUGAGAUCACAGAUGAUUGUACAGAAGUAUUUAUGCUAAUAAAUGAAGUUAGGAAUCUGGA